AUGGCAGACAAACCCCAAAUACGGCGGCGGUAUGAUCCGCAGCAGCAGCAGCAGCAGCAGCCGUUAGAGCCGCUGCGGCGGCCGCAGCAGCAGCAGGUGCCGCUCCCGCUGCAGCAAAAUAGCGCUGGCACAUAUGGAGGACAGCAGCAGCAGCAGCAGCUUUACGGGGGUGCAGCAGCAGCAGACACGCAGCAGCAUGCGGCGUAUUCCAAUGAACAGCAACUGUAUGGUCGUCAGCAGCAGCAGCAGCUGCCACAGCAGCAGCAGAUGCCGCAGCAGCAGACACCGCAGCAGCAACCCUUCAGACAUCAGCAGCAGCAGUACGGAUGGGGCACUGGGGGCCCCUCAGAGUCAAGCUACCCGGACUAUCAGCAGCAGCAGCAGCAGCAGCAUCCGCUGCAGCAGCAGCAGCAUGGAUAUCAGCAACCGAGGGCCCCCUACGGCCAACAGCAGCCGCAGCAGGUGUAUGUACAGAAGUCUCCCUUUCAGCAGCAGCAGCGGCAGCAGCAGCAGCCGCAGCAGCCGGAUUACAUGAUGGGGAGAGCAGCAGAUGGUACUAGGGGGCCCAUGGGGCCCCUCUCCCGACAGGGUACAGGUGUGAGGCCCCCCCGGGGCCCCCCUGAUUCUGCUGACGAGAGGCAGCAACAGCCCCCUUACUAUGGGGUCGCUAACACAGAAUACAUGCAGCAGCAAGACGGGUAUAUGCGUGGGGGGGCCCCCUCGGCCAGCUAUGGGAGGGGGCCCCUUGAAGGGCCUAUGGGGGGCCCCAUGGGAGGCCCCAUGGGAGGUCCCAUGGGAGAGCCUGUGUCUGCUGAUGGUAGUAUACAGGGGCAUCUUGAUGCCUCUAGGGAUUUUAGGCAGCAGCACCAGCUGCAGCAGAUGCAGCAGAUGCAGCAGCAGCAGCAGCAGCCUUCUGAAGGUUUGUUCUCGUUAAGGGGUUUGUUUAGAUUGUUUGCUGCACAGCAGCAGCAAGACACGGGUGUUGAUGCUGCAGCAGCAGCAGCAGCAGCAGAACCACAAAGUGAAUCCGAUGAUCCAUUUGAAAACGAGCCGCCUCUCCUUGAAGAGUUGGGCAUAAACCCUGGAGAUAUAUGGCGACGGAUGAAGGCCGUCCUGCUCUUCAGCAAGGCGGAUCACGAGCUCCUUAAGGAAAGCGAUUUGUGUGGUCCCCUCUUGAUUGCCAUCAUCCUUGCUAUCCUCUUAUUCCUUGGAGGAAAGGCUGCCUUUGGUUGUUUAUACGGCAUGAGUAUAGUUGGAUCUUUGUCUCUUUAUUUACUUCUUAAUUUAAUGUCAAGAGGUUUGUACGAUAGAAACAUCUAA